AUGAUGCGACAGUAUAUCAAGCCACUUCCAACAACUAUACCCAAACCGAUGACACUGCGUACAACGGGUCGUUAUGGGAAACCGGUUAUGACUGAAGAAUGGAAAGAGUACGCCUUAUCGAUAUUUCCAGUGAAACCGAGCCAGCACUGGGAUAUUCGCAGAGAGGAUUAUGAUCUACUCAUUCCGGAUCCUGAGCUUCAUGAAGCGGCGAAAGAUCCGACAGGCAAAGCGAAGAAUACGUUGAUCCGUUCAAUCUAUGACUGGUUUCGAGUUCGUCAUCGAAUCGCACAACUGAAGGUAGUGUUGAGCGAGUGUGAUAUCACAAUGGAUAACGAAGAACUACGUGCGGCAUACAUCGAGAAAAUGAAGGAGAAGAAAUGGCCAAUUUAUGAUCGAAAGCUAAAAAAUUGUGAAGUCCGCGCAGCCAGAGCGCAAGUUUUCGAGUCGUAUCUCGACGGAACUGCAUCUCAGUGU